UCACCCCCACAUGUGCGCCAUGGCGGCCCGGCCCAGACACCUGGCGCCCCUCGACCGCAUCGCCCGGGGCGCGCUCCCCUCCGACCACCCGCCGCCGCCGCCCGCCGCGCUGCACGCCCUCCUCCUCCGCUCGCAAGCCGCGGCCGCCGAGCCCGCUCUCGUCCGCUCGCUCAUGAACAGAGCCAUCAGCCACCUCUCCAAGCCGCGCCCGCGCGCCGCGCUCGGCCUGCUCCUCCUCAUGCCGCGCCUGCCCGUCUCCCCCGACCACUUCACCCUCCCGUUCGCGCUCAACGCCGCCGCGUCGCUCCGCGUCCUCCCGCUCGGCGCCUCCCUCCACGCCGUCGCCAUCCGCCUCGGGCUCCUCCCUCUCCGCCUCCCCGUCGCCAAUGCGCUCGUCGAUCUCUACGCAAAGUGCGAGGACUUCCCCGCCGCGCACGCUGCGCUCGCGGACAUCCCCGCUCCCGACGCAGUCUCCUUCAACUCCCUUCUCUGCGCGCACGCCCGCAACGCCUCCGUGGCUUCCGCCGAGUCCCUCUUCACCGCCAUGCCCAGCAGAACCCAUGUCUCCUGGAACGCCAUGGUGGUCGUCUACGUCAAUGCUAAUGACCUCGUAUCUGCUCGCCGUGUGUUUGAUGAAAUGCCUAUAAGAGACAUGACCUCGUGGACGGUGCUGAUUGUUGGGUACUGUAAGCGCGGGUUGGUCCAGAAUGCGCGCGAGCUGUUUGAUAAAAUGCCGGAAAAGAAUCUUGUGGCUUGGGCCGCAAUGAUUAAUGGUUAUGCACAGACUGGGCAGCCAAAGGCGGUACUUGCUUUGUUUAGGAAAUUGGAGUCUGCUGGGUUUGAGCCUGAUGCAGCCACAAUGGUUGGGGUUAUUUCUGCAGUUGCACAGAUAGGCAGCACGGAGUUGGCUGGGUGGGUCGGAGCUUAUGUUGACAGGAAGAAGAUUGAAAGGAAUGUUAAGAUUCUUACAGCAUUAGUAGAUAUGCAUGCCAAGUGUGGCAAUGUUGAGCAGGCACUGAGUGCUUUUAGGGAGAUUGCACAGCCUGAUGCCUAUCCAUACACAGCAUUGAUUAGUGGGCUGGCAACUCAUGGGCAUGCAAAGCUGGCACUCCAAGUGUUCGAAAGGAUGCAGGCUCAGACCGUCUUGCCGGACCCUAUCACUUUUGUUGGUGUGCUUACUGCAUGCAGCCAUGCGGGGCUUGUCGAUAAGGGACUGGAGUAUUGGGAGGCAAUGGUGCGGGAUUAUGGAAUUGAGCGCCGUGCGGAUCACUAUGCCUGUGUCGUAGACAUGCUCGGGCGAGCAGGGAGGAUUGAGGAGGCAUUCGAGAUGGUUGAAACAAUGCCAAUGGGGCCACAUCCAGGGGCUCUUGGUGCACUGCUGAGUGCCUGCAAGACAUAUGACAAUGUUGAGAUCGCAGAAAUUGUUGCAAAAAAGCUUUUUGAUUUGGAACCUGGUAACACUGGGAACUAUAUACUGCUUUCAAAUAUAUAUGCUGGGAAAGAACUGUGGGAGGAGGCAGAAAGAGUCAGAUCUCUAAUGAGAACAAAACUGCCGUUUAAAAAUCCAGGAUCCACUUGGGUUGAGGAUCGACAGAGGGAGCAUGCCAAGAUGUCCCUUAACGGCUGAGAAUCAGUUGAAAUAGGUACACUGCUUUUGAUUUGGAGAUAGUGGAAGCUAGGCAGUCUUAAAAUAAAACAUAGCUAUUUAACAGUUAGCAAAGCAAGAGCUUCAUAUCAGCUUGCCACUGAGGUAUCUUUUCUCCCUUCACAGCUCAUGACUUCAUGUCAUAUCUGAAACAUACUGUGAUAAAUUAUUUUGAUCCAUAUAGGUGCUGACCAAGUUGAUUUCUUAUACGAAGUGUAGUUAUAUCCUAAUAUACUUAGACAGCAGAGCAUAAAGCCUAACACUUGCAACGAAGCUCUACAUCUAGAAUAGGUGCUAUAGCAAGAGGUCUUAUAUAUGAUUCACCAAGUUUUAGUAAUAGGAGUGGUUAUACUUCAUUAGAAUUUAAAUGAUACACCUUAGUACUUGUUACUCAAGGGGUUCAGCCGGAGAACCGCCUGAUAUAGUUUUUCAAAACAUUCUGAGUAGGAAAAACUAGGAUCACUUGCAAACUAUAUCAGAAAGCAGUAUCCUCAUGAAGCGAAAUUAUUAUUUACAGUGAGCACUCCACAUGAAUGAGUGUAUAUUGGUCUUGAUGACUGA